AUGUUUCCUCUGGCCUUGUUGUUCGUAAGCUGUUGUGCAGGCUCAUUAACAACACCACAAUACUAUGAUCUUGGGAAAGCUCAAACCUACUUCAAAGAGUUCGUUACAAAAUUUGGUAAAAAGUACAGUACUAAAAUUGAAAUGAACUACCGCUUUGAAAUAUUUCAAGAGAACUUAAAAGAAGUGAACAAAUUGAACCAAGAGGAAAAUGCUAAUGUUUUCGGAAUAAACCAGUUUAUGGAUUUGGACAUACAGGAUUUUAUCCAGCACCAUACUGGUUUUCGUUACAUGAAAUAUGAUGACUAUUGCAAGGUACAAACUGACGACCAUAUUCCCGAUACUGAUGUACCAGAAUCAUUCGAUUGGCGACAGAGGAACGCUGUUACUGAAGUAGGGGAUCAAGGCAAAUGCGGAGGUAGCUUUGCCUUUAGUGCAGCCGCUGUCAGGGCGGAAGGACUAAUGAAAUAUAACCAGGGGAUUAUACAUAAAUGUGUUAACAUAUUUGGUGUUAAUCAUGCUGUUUUGUUGGUGGGAUACGGCACAGAAAACGGUAUACCGUAUUGGACCGUGAAAAAUUCCUGGAGUUCAGACUGGGGGGAGUAUGGCUACUUUCGACUGCUGCGUGGUGAAGGUAUCGAUUCUUGUGGAAUGCAAAGUACUUACAUGACUACUGCAGAACUUGAAUAA